AUGGAGUAUAAAUUACGAAAAGCGGAGUCCCGGGACGUGCCUGAUAUUUUACGACUGGUGAAGGAACUCGCCAAGUAUGAAGAGAUGGAGAAUCAGGUGACGCUCACGGAGCAAGAUCUGCUGGAAGACGGCUUCGGUGACACUCCGUUCUACCACUGUGUCAUCGUUGAGCUGCAGGCGCACAGCAACACUGAAGACAUGCAGGUGGUCGGCUUUGCCAUGUACUACUUCACCUAUGACCCCUGGGUUGGAAAGCAGCUGUAUCUGGAGGACUUCUUCAUCUCCCAGGAAUACAGAGGUUUAGGGAUCGGUUCUCACAUCAUGAGACAUCUGAGUGAGUUGGCCGUGAAGACCCGCUGCAGUGGUAUGAUGUUCGUGGUGGCAGAGAACAACGAAGCUUCGAUCCAGUUCUACAAACGCCGCGGAGCUGAAGACCUGUCCCAGGAGGAGGGCUGGAGACUGUACCGCUUUGACAAGGAGAGCCUGGUGAGGAUGGCCUCGCCUGCUGCUGCAGAGGACUUCAGCCCGCCCGCCUCCUGUCUCCAAAGCAUCGUUCUGACUCCCACCAUGUUCCCCCUGAGGUUUACUUGUUUGCGAUCGGCUGUGGCCUUCACCUCUCGAUCUCUCUGCUCCAGUCCUGGACGAGCUCCGGACAUGAAAGAAGGGAACCCUCUGUUACAUGUGUCCAAUGUGCGUAACCGACUGCGUGAGAUUGUGGGGGCGUCGACCAACUGGAGUGACCACCAGCAGGCCCUAGCUGAGCGCGUGUCUCUGUCCUCUAUGCUGGCCUCCUCUCAGAGCGCACUUCCCCCAAAGUCCAUGAAGGACAGUUUUCUGGAGGUACACCUGCCCCUGGGCUCCGAGCCUCAGCUGAGAGAAAAGUACCUGACCUUCCACAACACUGUCAGGUUUGGCAGAAUCCUUGAGGACCUGGACAGUCUGGCAGUCUUGAUCUCGUAUUCACACACGUACAACCCCACGCUGAAGAGAUCUCCGCUCUCUAUCGUCACAGCCCUUGUUGACAAGAUUGACAUGAGGCACCAUGUGAUCUACCCAGACUGUGACAUCAAGUUUACGGGUCAUGUGACGUGGGUGGGGAGCACCUCUAUUGAAGCCAAGAUGCACAUGAGCCAGUUCAGAGAUGGAGCCUACGCACCAGUGUUGGAUGCCACCUUCGUCAUGGUGGCUAGAGACCCGGAGAACAAGAGAGCUGCAUAUGUGAAUCCACUGAAGCCACAGGGACCAGAGGAGGAGCUGCUAUUCCAGGAAGGAGAAGAGAAUAAAUCUCGCCGUGUGACGCUCAGCACAGCGUCCCUGCUCAAAGUGGCUCCGACUGCUGAAGAGAGAAAGAUUGUGCACAGCCUCUUCCUCAACACGCUGGACCACAAGACAGUGAGCUUCCGCAGCAGAGUCCUUCCUCCAAACUCUGUGUGGAUGCAGGACGCCAAACUGAAGGGACUGGAGAUCUGCCAUCCUCAGGAGAGGAACAUAUUUAAUCGUAUUUUCGGGGGGUUUCUGAUGAGGAAGGCCUACGAGCUCGGCUGGGCCAACGCCUGCUCCUUCGGGUCGUGUCGUCCCAGUCUUGUGGCGGUGGAUGACAUCCUGUUCCAGAAACCUGUGGAGAUCGGCUCUCUGCUGCUGCUGUCCUCACAGGUGUGUUACUCUGAGGGGAAACACAUCCAAGUUCGUGUUCACAGUGAGGUCUACGAUCCCCUGACGCAGACGCACAACACCACCAACGUCUUCCACUUCACCUUCAGCUCGGACCGGGACGUGCCAAGCAUCAUACCCGAGACCUACGGAGAGUCGAUGUUGUAUCUGGACGGAAAGAGACACUUCACCCAAGCCGUCCACUGA